CUAGGCCUCCAUUGACAAAUCUACACAUAAGCACGGGUCUUAAGGCUGACACUUAACUACAUUUCAGAUCUAACGACACUCUCUCUUUCUCUCUCUCUGCGUGUGUGUCUGUGUUUGAGAACGUAAAUAAAACAUAAAAUAAGCGCAGAGUAACUUACUGUGCUCCCUGGGUUUGCACUUACUGCAUUCCCUUCUCUGCACUACCAGAUCUUAUUAUUCGCCCUCCAUGCUUAGAAAUGCGUUUGGCGGCUACUCAACCCUACGCCUGCUGAACUGACCAAUCAUGAGUAGGAAUAGUUUGAGAGAAUCUCUAGUCGGUGGCAGGAAUGUUCCGCCUGGAUCGCAUUCUCAGCACCACCGCCGAGGUCAUAGUUUGACCGCUUUUGCCAGAGAUACCGACGAGAACUUAGAUCUCUUCUCCAAAAGCCGACGCAGCCUCUCUGUCGCCUCUUCCGACGAAGCUUCCGAUGUCUCAGUGAAACUAGGAAGACUUUCUGUUGGAUCAGCCAAACUAGCAAAGAGCGGGAUCGAUGAUCUAUUGUCAUCUACAGAUGGAGGGAAGCAUGAUUAUGACUGGCUUCUCACUCCUCCUGGAACUCCUCUCUUUCCAUCAUCUGAGGGCAGCGAGUCACAACCAACUUCAGUGGUUCCAAGAAGCAGUUCCUUGGCUAGAUCAGUUUCUACUACAAAAGCUUCAAGGCUUUCUGUCACGCAGUCAGAGAGCCACCAUUCCACCAGACCUACUAGAAGCAGUUCAGUGACUCGCUCCUCUAUCUCAUCUUCUCAAUUUAGUACUCAUUUGUCAAAUAGAUCGUCUUCAAUCCUAAAUACAAGCUCAGCUUCAGUCUCAUCUUACACAAGACCAUCCUCCCCAAUUACCCGCUCUCCAUCUACAGCAAGACCUUCCACGCCGUCUUCUCGCCCACUAACAUCACGUUCUUCAACUCCAUCAAGAGUUCGUCCAGCCCCCACUAGCUCUUUAGUUGACAAAACGCGGCAAUCCCAAAGCUCAAGGCCCUCUACUCCAAGUUCAAGGGCACAAAUUCCUGCAAACUUGAGUUCAACUGCUUCACGUUCAAAUUCUCGUCCAUCUACACCCACACGUCGGAAUCCAGUACCUUCAGUGUCAUCUGCCUCAGGUCCUUCAAUUUCAACUUCAGCUGGGCGUGUUCUUUCAAAUGGGCGGACAUCUGCACCAUCAUCACGACCAAGUUCCCCAGGCCCUCGAGUCCGGCCUCCACAACAGCCAGUUGUUCCCCCAGAUUUUCCUCUUGACACCCCUCCAAACCUCAGAACGACUUUGCCAGACAGACCACUCUCUGCUGGUAGGUCCCGGCCAGGUGCGGCAGUCACUAUGAAGGGGAACCCUGAAACUACUGGCUCAACAAAUGCGCCAAGGAGACAUUCAUCUCCAAUUGUCUCAAGGGGAAGACUAGUGGAGGCCCCUGGAAAGUGUCGUGUGCAUUCAAAUGGGCAUGUUACUGAUAUGUCUGAACCUCGAAAAUUGUCGCAUGUCUCAGAUUUAGCAAUGCGGAAAUCUGUUAAGUCAUCAUCAACUACCACAGAGAGUACUGGCUUUGGGAGGACAAUAUCUAAGAAGUCUUUGGAUAUGGCUAUCAGGCAUAUGGACAUAAGAAAUGGCACAGGAAGCACUCGUGCGCUUUCAGGCACAACUCUUUUUCCCCAAAGCAUUCGAUCUGCUUCGAAAACCCAAUCUGUACGUUCUAUGAGUGCUCCAGAAUCCAUUAACAAUAGAGAUAUUAUAGAGAAUGGAAAUCAUAUGAGCAGUCCAGCAGAAAUUGGAAGUGAGGCCAUUGAUGGAAGAUACUAUGCAAAAUUGAGCGAAGCCGACAACUAUGAGAGCUCCCGGUAUGAUGCGAUAUUACUUAAAGAGGAUUUGAAGAACACAAACUGGCUGCACAGUAUUGAUGACAAAUCUGAUCAAGGAUCAAUCUUUGAUAAUGGAUUUGAGUCUCUCCCUGAACCGUUUGGUCCAUUGUAACAAAUGAGGAUUUUUUUUUCCUUUUUAAAGAUAUUUAUUUUUUUUAUAAAAUUAUUUUUUAUUCUCUUGAAUUAUUUGCUUACAUGGAAAAAAAAUUGUCAACUUUUAUCACUAGAGACUGAUAAAAUGAAGAGGCGGUCAUUGUGUACUUGAAUGAGAUGAAUGGUUUCACUGUUGGCUUUCUCUG